GCAAAUGAGGAUCCCCGUCGCCGCCUCGGCCGCCGCUCUGCCGAGCUUCCCGGAUCCGAGCCCAGACGGCGGCGACUCGGGCAGCCUGGGCGCCGCGACCCUCGGCGGCCGUAGGGGGACGGGGAGGAGGAGGAGGAAGAGGCGGAGGCUGCGGCGGCGAUCGCGAGGAGGAGGAGGAGGCGGAGGAGGGUUAGCUCGCCCGCUCCGACGCAGACAUGGUGGACUGAUCCCCGGCGGGGCCGAGAGCAGGGUUUCCUGAGACGCCCCCAGUCCCCUCGCGUGGCCCCCGCCGCAGCCCCGCGGGCCCCCACCCCUCGCCGGCGCCCGGAUCUGGGGUGCGGCGGCCGGGCCCGGGCAGUCGCGUUCCCGCCGCGUCCCGCGCCCGGUUUCCCUAUGGAGGCGCCGCCCGCCGGCGAGGCCGCCGACCAUGCCUAGGAGGGCCGGGAGCGGGCAGCUGCCGCUACCCCGGGGCUGGGAGGAGGCCAGGGACUACGACGGCAAGGUCUUCUACAUCGAUCACAACACCCGGAGGACCAGCUGGAUCGACCCCCGGGACAGGUUGACCAAGCCCCUGUCGUUUGCUGACUGUGUUGGCGAUGAGCUGCCGUGGGGAUGGGAAGCCGGGUUCGACCCUCAGAUUGGUGUCUACUACAUCGAUCACAUAAACAAAACUACACAGAUCGAAGAUCCGCGGAAACAAUGGCGGGGGGAGCAGGAGAAGAUGCUCAAGGACUACCUGUCGGUGGCGCAGGACGCCCUGCGGACGCAGCGGGAGCUGUACCACGUGAAGGAGCAGAGGCUGGCCCUGGCCCUGGACGAAUACGUCCGCUUGAAUGAUGCCUACAAGGAGAAGUCCAGCUCUCGCACCAGCUUAUUCUCAGGCUCUUCAUCCAGUACUAAAUAUGACCCUGAUAUCUUAAAAGCUGAGAUCUCCACUACACGAUUAAGGGUCAAAAAGCUGAAGCGAGAACUCUCACAGAUGAAGCAGGAAUUGCUCUAUAAAGAACAAGGCUUCGCCACUCUGAAACAAAUUGAUAAAAAAAUGUCUGGAGGCCAGAGUGGCUAUGAACUCAGUGAAGCCAAAGCCAUCCUAACGGAACUGAAAUCUAUCAGAAAGGCUAUUAGCUCAGGAGAAAAAGAAAAACAAGAUCUGAUGCAGAGCCUUGCUAAGCUGCAGGGGCGGUUUCACGUGGACCAGAACAUCGGCACAUCUGAGCCAGACCUGAGAUCCAGUCCUGUGAACUCGCAUCUCUCCCUCUCCAGACAGACCCUGGACGCGGGCUCACAAACCAGCAUCUCUGGGGACAUCGGAGUGAGAAGUAGAUCAAAUUUAGCUGAAAAGGUCAGGCUGAGCCUCCAGUAUGAAGAAGCGAAAAGAAGUAUGGCCAACCUGAAAAUUGAACUGUCGAAGCUGGACAGCGAGGCGUGGCCUGGGACACUGGACAUAGAGAAGGAGAAGCUGAUGCUGAUCCACGAGAAGGAAGAGCUUCUGAAGGAGCUGCAGUUCGUCACCCCGCAGAGGCGCACACAGGACGAGCUGGAGAGCCUGGAGGCCGAGAGGCAGCGGCUGGAGGAGGAGCUGCUGGCUGUGAGGGGCGCGCCCAGCCGGGCCCUGGCCGAGAGAUUGAAAUUGGAAGAGCGAAGGAAAGAGCUGCUACAGAAACUUGAAGAAACUACUAAAUUAACUACAUAUUUGCAUUCACAACUUAAAAACCUCUCCGCCAGCACGCUGUCCGUGUCUUCUGGGAGCAGCCUGGGCUCCCUGGCCUCCAGCCGGGGGUCCCUGAACACGUCCAGCAGAGGGUCGCUCAACUCCCUCAGCUCCAGCGAGCUCUACUACACCAGCCAGGGCGACCAGCUGGACUCGGAUUAUCAGUACAAACUGGACUUCCUCCUGCAGGAGAAAGGCGGCUACAUGCCUUCCGGCCCCAUCACCACCAUCCACGAACACGAGGUGGCCAAGUCCCCCAGCCAGCCUGGCCAGAGUGGCCCCGGGGGGGCGGCGGCCGCAGCCCCAGGCCACCCCGCCCCCCUGGCCGAGGCCCCCAAGUCCGUGACGUCCCUGUCCUCGAGGUCCUCCCUGUCUUCCCUGUCCCCGCCCGGCUCCCCGUUGGUCUUGGAAGGCGCGUUCCCCAUGUCUCCCCACGACGGCCCCCUCCACCAGUUCUCUGCUGACUUUGAGGACUGUGAGCUGAGCGGCCACUUUGCAGACAUCAGCCUCAGAGAGCAUCAGCUGCUGCUGGACCCUGACCCGGGAGGAGCGCCCCCGUCUCUGCUGGACGAGAACAAGGAGCUUGGCGAGUGUGCUCAGGAGCCACUGUACGAGGGGCCCGCAGAUGUUGAAAAAUCGUUACCAAAAAGAAGAGGAAUCCACCUGCUGGGGGAGAAGACCGCCUGUGUGUCGGCUGCAGUCUCGGAUGAGUCGGUGGCUGGGGACAGCGGGGUCUACGAAGCGUUCGUGAAACAGCCCAGUGAGGCCGAGGACGUGCCGUACAGCGAGGAGGACGCUGCGAUCAUGGAGACGGCCCAGGUGCAGAUCGGGCUGAGAUACGACGCAAAAAGGUCGAGUUUCAUGGUGAUUGUAGCACAACUCCGAAAUCUGCAUGCCUUCCUGAUACCUCACUCUUCAAAAGUGUAUUUCCGGGUUGCUCUGCUUCCCUCCUCAAGUGACGUCAGCUGUCUGUUUCGAACGAGAGUGCACCCAGCUGCGGAGUCCCUGCUGCUCGGUGACGUGUUCAGAGUGGCCGUCUCCCAGACGGCCCUGCAGCAGAAGACCCUGAGGGUGGACCUGUGCUCCGUCGGGAGACACCGCAGGGAGGAGUGCCUGGCGGGAACUCAGAUCAGCCUGGCGGACCUACCCUUUUCCAGUGAGAUUUUCACUCUGUGGUAUAACUUGCUUCCUUCAAAGCAAAUGCCCUGCAAGAAGAGCGAAGAGGAGACAGAGGACUCGGUAUUUCCACCAAGCCAGCCACUCGUGGAUUCCGUAGACUUGGAUGCAGUGUCAGCCUUGCUUGCAAGAACAUCAGCUGAGCUGUUGGCCGUGGAACAAGAAUUAGCACAAGAAGAAGAAGAACCAGGGCAGGAAGAGGAGCCCAGAGGUCCAGAUGGAGACUGGUUGGCCAUGCUGAGAGAGGCCUCGGAUGAAACUGUGGCCGAGGAAGGGGCUGAAGUGAAAUCGGCGGAGGGCAGUCGCUGUGUGGAAGACGUAAGCUCAUGCCCAAGUGUGCCUGAGAUGAAUGAGGACGCAAGUAGGAAAGAAAGCAGCUGUGCCAGUGACCUUGGGAGUCAGCCCCCCGCAGGAACACCGGCCCUGGUUGAUAAAGAGACAAACACCGACGAGGCCGGCAGUGCCAGCGUGGCCGUACGCCCCAAAGACCGCAGCAGCCUGAGUGCGCGCCAGCGCCCCUUCGUGAGGAGCAGCGUGAUCGUGCGCUCACAGACCUUCUCCCCCGGGGAGCGGAGCCAGUACGUGUGCAGGUUAAAUCGAAGUGACAGCGACAGUUCAACGCUGGCUAAAAAAUCACUGUUUGUGAGGAACUCCACCGAACGGCGAAGUCUGAGAGUCAAGAGGGCGGUGUGCCAGCCGGUCCUCCGGAGGGCAGCACCCGAGUGCCCCAUGCGGACCUCCCUGGACCUGGAGUUGGACCUUCAGGCCUCCCUGACCCGGCAGAGCCGCCUCAACGACGAGCUGCAGGCCCUCAGGGGCCUGAGGCAGAGGCUCGAGGAACUGAAGGCCCAGGGCGAGACAGACCUGCCGCCAGGCGUGCUGGACGACGAGCGCUUCCAGAAGCUCCUGAGACAGGCGGGGAAGCAGGCCGAGCAGUCCAAAGAGGAGCAGAAGCAGGACCUGAACGCGGAGAAGCUGAUGCGGCAGGUGUCCAAGGACGUGUGCCGGCUCCGCGAGCAGAGCCGCAAGGUGCCCCGGCAGGUGCAGUCCUUCCGGGAGAAGAUUGCCUACUUCACCAGAGCGAAGAUAACCAUCCCGUCCCUGCCCGCUGAUGACGUGUGACCACAUCGCCGAUGAGCUCGUUUUCCACCUCUUCGUUUCUUAGGGAGGGCAAAAGACUGAACAUGUGUCUUGUUCGGGAUUUUGUUUUGUAAUAUAACCAUCAACUCUUAAAGAGCUUUUAUUUCACAUCAGAUUUUCAAACAUGUUAAUUUGUAAAGUAUCUUGAAUAUAAUUCUUAUUUGUUUAAAAAAGAGGAAAAAAAAUCAGAUAACCAAAACAGGAUCACCCAGUACCCAAAUGUACAGUAUUGCCAGUGGGCUUUAUUUUGUAGAAAUGGAAUAGAGGCAGGACCCCACGUGUAUCCCACUGGACCGACUGCUGAGAAAUAACUUGGUUUAGCAGAAGGCGGUUUCACGUUUCCUUUGUCCUCCUCUGAGCCACCGUGAGGCUGGCAGCUGGUGACCCUGGGUGCCUGAGGGCGGCUUCUUUCACGGGAGCAGGAGCCUCAGUGCGGGGUCCCAGGUCCACGUGGGACAGAGGGCACAUUCAUCUCCAUCACCUCUGUUGGAACACCAUGUCCUGAGAACAGCUUCUUUUUGUCCUUUUCUAUGUGUCUAAAGAAAAUAAAAACAAAACGCUGAGUAUAAGAAGGUAAGGAUGCAAAGGAGCCGUUCUCCUGGCAACACUUCACAUCUCGUGACGUGUGUCUUUAAAGGCCGGGAAAUGCAAGGGGAAGAAGGCCAGUUCGCCUCCAACACAACAGAAUCAGCACAUCAGUGAGCAGCCGCUGCUUCUCAGUCGGCGUGAGCGUAAGUGUUCACACCCAGGUGUCAGGCGUGCACCAGGCGGGUUGGGUGCCAGGCAUGAGGGUGGUACCCGGUAGAGGAAGGUGGGGGCCCAGGGCUUGGAGGAACGGCGGUGCCGGCGAUGCGAAGGGAGACGCGUCAGCCUCAUGCGGUGCAACUGGGAGCAGAGGAAGGGAUGUCUUGACUGAAUCGGGGUUGCCAGAUACUUCAGUAAACAGAUCUCGUCAAACAUUUACUAGAAGUUACUUUGCAGCCGUCAUUUUUAGGGAAUCCUGUCUGUAAAUUGUGGUAAACUGUUAGGAUGCAAAGAGAAGAGAGUGCCUGGGAAGAUUAUUAAAUUGAAGUAAAGGCUGAGUCACUUGUUAAAAAAAAAAGUAUAUUCCAGACGAACAAGAUGGAAACCAACUAAAGUUCCCUCCGGUGGAGAAUGUUAGCUUACCCAACUCAAGCACUUCUUAAACAAAUCCCCAGUGUAGUCCUGCCUGCAUACAAGGCUUUUAAAAUAAACAGUUUUUGUGCAAGUUAAGCCAUACUUUCUACCCGGUCUGUAAUACUGGAAGAGGCAGGGUUUGGUGAGCCACCUUAGGUAGCAAGUGAAAUCAAUUUUUUUUUUUUUAAGAGAUGAAAAAAUUAUCUUAAAGGAAUGGGUCCCAUAAAAAAAGAAACAUGAGUUAUAUUCCUAAGCUAGAAUCCUCAUUGGUAAGAAUUUAUAUUUGAAAGAAAUUACACAUGUUUUGGAAAGUUCAUUUUUUCAGAAUCAGAAUUCAAAUCAAGCCAUUUCUGAGCCUAGAACUGGAAUGACUUUUCCUAAGUGUCCCCACCGUUUAUGUACAAAAGUCUCUGAAGUGAUAACUGGAUGUGACAGUACUUUGAACAAAAACCAGCCUCGUGAAUUGACUGAGCACAGUCCUCGCAGGCAGCCCAGUUCAUCCUAUUAGGUGACCGAGGAGAACCGGAGAAAGAGCACCGGUCUUCCUUGUCAAGGUCAAAUGUGAAAAACAGAAGUUUAUUUAAUGUAGAGUUAAAUGAAGGUCAGCUGUCUUCAGCUUCUCAGUUUGACCAUGAAAAUGUUUAUAGGAUUAUGUGUGGUUGUACCGUACGAUUUUAUUUUCUUCAUUUAUUUAUUUACGGUCUUAUUUAUGUUCUGUUUAAUAUAUAGUUUGGUUCUGGCCAUCUUAAAUGUUUGACAUAGAAGAGGCUAUAUUGGAAUAUUUGCAGCUUUAUAAAUUCCAUCAGAUUAGCUGUUAACUUUUUGUACUACACAAGAGUUUCAGACAGGCAUAAAAGAGUAAAAGCUGUCUCAGGCUGGUAGUUAGCAGUUGUAUGCAAGAUGCUUCGGUCUUAUUUUACAGCAUUUGCUCAUUUCUAACAUGAAAGACAAACUUAUUUUAAUAUAAUCCUUUUUCACACUUUAAAAAUCAGCAAUAGUGUUAUGUAUUUAUAGGCAGCUUUUAACAAUCCUGUCGUAUUUGUACUAACCCAAAUGAUUCACAGUGACAAAACAUUUUAAUAACUUGAUCACAAAACCAUCUGGACAACAUGAAUUUUAAUAUUAUAAAUACUAUUUUUUAAAGGUAGAAUUUAUUCUUCACAGGGUAAAAAGAAUGUAAUAUUUAGUUCUCAAGUUUGAAUUAUCAGUAUGUUAUUACAAUUUUGUAUAUCAGAAUCUAAGUGUUACAGGUACAAAAAGAAUAUUGCUAGCCAAAUGAACAAAGUUUAGCUGAAUCUCUGUAGCAUGCAAAUCAAAUAAAUUUAAAAUCUUUUUUGGUAUUACUUUAUAUUGUAUUAAAUAUCAAAAGCUCAGGACUGAAACUAAAUAUUUAAUCAGGUUAAAUUCUGAAUAUGUUUCUGUUUUAAUUUGUCUUGUUUGUAAAAGUAUGCAAAUACAUCACAUAGAUUAACUCUGGUUUCUGCACUUUUCAUGUGUUCGUGGAUGGGAAAAAAAUUCAGUGUUUUUUUUUUUUUAAACAAAGAUACAUAUUGCCUAAUACUUUA